GUCUGUCUCUCAUGUUCUGUCUAUUUCUCUGUCUAUUCUUGUGAUGUCCCAUUAUUGUACCUAAUAAGAACACAGAGCCUGUCUCUCCCUGUCUGUAGACUGGUCUGGCGUAGAGCUGAGGCUCAACUCCAAGGAGACGGGCCAGAUGCUGAUCAGCACCGAGGUCCGGUUCUACAACUGCAGCGUCCACCAGCUGUGUCUGUCCUGUGUGACCAGUGCCUUCCGAUGCCACUGGUGCAAAUAUCGCAACCUAUGCACUCAUGACCCUUCCAGCUGCUCCUUCCAAGAGGGACGCGUCAACGCCUCCGAGGACUGCCCCCAGCUGGUGCGCUCUGAGCAGAUCCUGAUCCCGGCGGGGGAGGUCAAGCCCAUCACACUGAAGGCCCGGAACCUUCCGCAGCCACAGUCGGGCCAGCGCGGGUACGAGUGUGUGCUGCACAUCCAGGGGGUGAGCCACCGCGUCACGGCCCUGCGCUUCAACAGCUCCAGCGUGCAGUGCCAGAACAGCUCGUACCUGUAUGAGGGGAUGAAGAUCAGUGAGCUGCCAGUGGACUUCUCAGUGGUGUGGAACGGCAACUUCAUUAUUGACAACCCAGAGAACAUCCAAGUGCACCUGUACAAGUGUGCAGCUCAGCGGGACAGCUGUGGUCAGUGCCUGAAGGCGGAGCGGAGGUUCCAGUGCGGGUGGUGUACGGUGGAGGGCCGCUGCAGCCUGCGCCACCACUGCUCCCUGCCCAACCCUUACAGCGGCCGCUGGCUCCACAUGGACAACAAGAACGUCAAGUGCACCAACCCGCGCAUCACUGAGGUGAACCCAGUGGCCGGACCGCCGGAAGGGGGUACAAAGGUGACCAUCCGCGGCCUGAACCUGGGCUUGUCGUUCUCGGAGAUGGUGAACAACGUGCAGGUGGCGGGCGUCCAGUGUACGCCUCUGGAGGACGGCUACAUCAUCGCCGAACAGAUCGUGUGUGAGAUGGACCCUGCUCCCAAUAAUGCUGCUCCUGGUCCAGUCUCUCUGUGUGUGGGGGAGUGCAAACCAGAGCUGCAGACUCACUCCUCUCAGCUCUUCUCCUUCGUGACUCCAACGGUGACAGGACUGUCCCCCAGUCGGGGACCUGAGUCUGGGGGAACCAAGGUCACCAUCAUGGGGGAGAACCUCGGAGCAGGCAGCAGCGUCAACGUGCUCUUCGGGAACCAAACCUGCGAGUUCUUCGAGCGGACCAUGACAGAGAUCGUGUGCUUCUCCGCCCCCUCUCUGACCGGCGUCGGUCCAGUUCAGGUGAGCGUCGGAGUGGACCGGGCCCAGGUGAGGGAGAGCCUGGUGUUCGAGUACAUCGACGACCCGACCGUUCAGCGCAUCGAGCCCGAGUGGAGCAUCGCCAGCGGGCACACACCUCUGAUGGUGACCGGGACCAAUCUGGAUGUGGUGCAGGAGCCAAGGAUCCGUGUGAAGUAUGCCGGACGGGAGUCGGUGAAUGUGUGUAAAGUUUUAAACACCACCUCCAUGAGCUGCUUCGCCCCGUCCCUGACGGCUGAAUACCGCCCCGGUCUCGACUCUGUGAAGCACGCCGACGAGUUUGGCUUCAUCUUCAACAACGUGCAGGCCCUGCUGGUCUACAACAACACCAACUUCCUGUACUACCCCAACCCCUUCUUCGAGCCCCUCAGCUCCAACGGGGUGAUGGAGCAGAAGCCUGGCUCGCCCAUCAUCCUCAAGGGGAGGAACCUGGUGCCCCCGGCCUCUGGGGGGGUGAAGCUGAACUACACGGUGCUCAUCGGGGAGACGCCCUGCUCCGUCACCGUGUCCGAGACACAACUGCUGUGCGAGCCCCCCAACCUCACCGGACAGUACAAAGUCAUGGUGCAGGUGGGCGGUCUCCACGUGUCCCCCGGCGCGGUCCACAUCCUCUCGGACAGCCUGCUGACCCUACCGGCCAUCGUGAGCAUCGCGGCGGGCGGCGGCCUCCUCCUCAUCAUCGUCAUCCUCGUGCUCAUCGCCUACAAGCGCAAGUCCCGCGAGAACGACCUUACCCUCAAACGCCUGCAGAUGCAGAUGGACAACCUGGAGUCCCGCGUGGCGCUGGAGUGCAAAGAAGCCUUUGCUGAGCUUCAGACGGACAUCAACGAGCUGACGAGCGAUCUGGACCGGGCCGGCAUCCCGUACCUGGACUACCGCACGUACGCCAUGAGGGUUCUGUUCCCCGGCAUCGAGGACCAUCCGGUGCUGCGAGAACUGGAGGUCUCCGGUAAUGGGCAGAUGAGUGUCGAGAAGGCUCUGAAGCAGUUUGCCACGCUGAUAAACAACAAGGUGUUCCUGCUGACGUUCAUCCGCACGCUGGAGAUGCAGCGCUCGUUCUCCAUGCGUGACCGUGGCAACGUGGCCUCUCUCAUCAUGACCGCGCUGCAGAGCCGCCUGGAGUACGCCACCGACGUGCUCAAGCAGCUCCUCUCGGACCUCAUCGAGAAGAACCUGGAAAGCAAGAACCACCCCAAGCUGCUGCUGCGCAGAACGGAGUCAGUUGCUGAGAAGAUGCUGACCAACUGGUUUGCCUUUCUGCUGCACAAGUUCUUGAAGGAGUGUGCUGGAGAGCCUCUCUUCAUGCUGUACUGUGCCAUCAAGCAGCAGAUGGAGAAGGGUCCCAUCGACGCCAUCACGGGCGAGGCCCGCUACUCCCUCAGCGAGGACAAGCUCAUCCGCCAGCAGAUCGAGUAUAAGACACUGAUCCUGAACUGUGUGAACCCCGACAACGAGAACAGCCCCGAGAUCCCCGUGAAGGUGCUCAACUGUGACACCAUCACCCAGGUGAAGGAGAAGAUCCUGGACGCCGUCUACAAGAACAUGCCCUACUCCCAGAGGCCCCGGGCUGUGGACAUGGACUUGGAGUGGCGACAGGGCCGUAUGGCUCGAGUGGUUCUACAGGACGAAGACAUCACCACCAAGAUCGAGAACGACUGGAAGAGGCUCAACACACUCAUGCAUUACCAGGUGUCUGAUCGGUGUGUGGUGGCGCUGGUACCCAAGCAGACCUCCUCCUACAACAUCCCCCCCUCAGCCAGCAUCUCUCGCACCUCUAUCAGCAGAUACGACUCUACAUUCCGGUACACUGGUAGCCCAGACAGCUUGCGUUCGCGCGCCCCCAUGAUCACCCCCGACCUGGAGAGCGGGGUGAAGGUGUGGCACCUGGUGAAGAACCACGAGCACGGCGACCAGAAGGAGGGCGACCGCGGCAGCAAGAUGGUGUCUGAGAUCUACCUGACCCGCCUGCUGGCCACCAAGGGUACUCUUCAGAAGUUUGUGGACGACCUCUUUGAGACGCUCUUCAGCACGGUACACAGAGGCAGUGCCCUUCCUCUGGCCAUUAAAUACAUGUUUGACUUCCUGGACGAGCAGGCGGACAAACACAUCAUCCACGACACGGAUGUGCGCCACACGUGGAAGAGCAACUGCCUUCCUCUGCGUUUCUGGGUGAACGUGAUCAAGAACCCCCAGUUUGUGUUCGACAUCCACAAGAGCAGCAUCACGGACGCGUGUCUAUCGGUGGUGGCCCAGACCUUCAUGGACUCCUGCUCCACCUCCGAGCACCGGCUGGGCAAGGACUCGCCCUCCAACAAGCUGCUCUACGCUAAAGACAUCCCCAACUACAAGAGCUGGGUGGAGAGGUACUACGCCGACAUCAACCGGCUGCCUGCCAUCAGUGACCAGGACAUGAAUGCCUAUCUGGCAGAGCAGGCGCGUCUGCACUCCAAUGAGUUCAACAUGCUGAGUGCCCUCAAUGAGAUCUACUCCUACGUCAGCAAGUACAGCGAGGAGAUCAUAGCGGCGCUGGAGCAGGACGAGCAGGCCAAGAAGCAGCGUCUGGCCUCCAAAGUACAGCAACUCAUCAGCGACAUGUCUCGUGAGAGCUGAGAGCGAGAGAGAGCAAGAGACAGAGAAAGAGAGAGAGAGAGAGAAUGAGAAACAACACAUGUAAGAAAAAGAGAGAGAAACAAGGGGCUUGGCCUCGGCACCAAUGCCAUCGUCUCACCACAACCACCCAGAGAGUCUCAGCACAUGGUACUCAGUGAAGUGCCACUGACAUUGUCAGCAGAGCUGGGGUUAUCUCCACCAAACCAGUGGUACGGCUUCAGCGGACCAAUGUCCGCUCUUGCAAGACUCUGGGUGGAAGUGCUUGUUUCAUCCUGUUGUGAAAAGAUAGUCAGAGCAGAGAUGUCCUGAGACACCUCAACUUCAUUUUUUCCCUUUUUCUUUGGCAGUCUCUUGUGUGUGUCUGGCACUAGAAGAACAACAACACGCAGUGACAGGAACUCAAGCAGGACAACAUGAUCGGACAGCAUCUCUCUCUCUCUAAGAACUCUUAAGAGCAAGAGUGGAACAUUUGGCUGUGGCCAUGUCCUUUGAGAAUUUUAUUUUUAUACGUGAACACUUUAAAAACCUCUUCCAUGCCCCCGGCAUCUCCCGUCAUCAUGAUGCGAGGGACUCUUUUCGCUUUCGGUCCUGUCUCGUUGGGUGACGGGGCGAGGACAGAGAGGAGAGCGCGUCCCGUCCAUCCCCCCUCUCUCUCUCGUCCUCACUCUCGGAUGCCAUCGUCAUCAUCCUUCCUCGGAACGGAUGCGGAGACUAAAAAGUGAGUUUACACUCAUGGAGUUCAAGAAACUGUGUCGGUAAGGUCAAAGGUCACUUGAUCGAUCUGGUCGAUCUGCCCCCACCCCCCCCGAUUCUUCCUGGUUAACGGGGCGAUCCUCCGCAUCGCACGGCACUUUCAUCACGGAGAAAGGGAUGAACAGCCCGGAGGCCGGCCGACGACUUCAAAAGACACUGCUCAGCGAUGUCUCUGUGUGUACAUGUGCUGUUCUUCAUUUUUUUUAGCAACGUGUGAAAUGUUAUGUGAAUGUACAAAUGUUCCAAUAUUUGAGUCAUCCUUCGUUUUCCUAGAACAGAGGGAGGCAGAGAGCAGAACCUUGGCCAAGAGAAGACGCUCUAAAACAUUCUGGUUACAGAGGACCUUUUAGCUUCAUAUAUGUCAUUCACUAUUAUAUUGCCAAAAUGCGCUUUGUGAUUGAAGUGUGCUGUGUGCAAUCUUAUGGGCAGCCCUCUGGAAACUGAACUGCCACACAUAGAUUGCAAUUCUACUCCACUAUAUAUUGGAGAAUACUUCCUGUAGAUGGAAUGAACUUGCAUCGCGGGAGGGAAAAGUGGGUCGAUCCACUAUAAAACUGACCAGACAGUAUUAUGUUUUCAGUUCUGUCAACUGUGUGUGUAUUUUUGCAUGCGUCAUUCAGAACCACUCGAGAGAAAAAAAAAAAAGGAAGCUUCUUCCAUUUCUGCUCUGUUUUUUAAGUGCCAAGAUGGUUGCAUUAGCUCCAAGAGGCUAGGACGUUAGCCACCGAUCUAAUGCCCGAUUCUGUCACCACUGAUAUAUAUCUUCAUGCUACAGUGACAAGCUCUUAUGGGGGGGUCGAUCUUGAUAAAGUGCCAAAAGAUCACUUUAAAUUAUUCACUGACGUGUCAAAAAAAGAAGUCGGUUAAUGCUUUAUAAAGGGAUUCAAGCCCUCAGACUUGAACUGGAGGGUGACUGAAAGCCCAGACAGGAAGCUGACUGUGGGCCGGAUCGGAGCCGGCUGCUAGCCAGAUCGGAGCCGGCUGCUAGCCAGAUCGGAGCCGGCUGCUUGCCGGAUCGGAUCCAGAGCCAGUCCCUCUCUGGAAGGUGGCACUCACUUGAUUGAUUGGAACGAGUCGGCCAAUCAGACAAGCGCCACUCCACCACUGCCGUCUCUCUGGAUUUUGUGCAUCUGUCUCAAAGCGCUCUAAGGCAGCUAGGUACGAUACGAAGAAAGUGGGCCACUAUUAUCACCCUGUUAAGAAAACAAACACACUCUUGGAUGUGAACAGUUUGGGGGUGGGGGAGGGGAAGGGGUGUUUUUUUUGUUAUUUAUGUUUCCCCCCUAUGUGGAGAGAGCUAUCUGAACAGUAAGCAUGAACAAAAGAAUCCAUUGCUUUCAUUUAUAAUGCAUUCGGCCCGCUUGAGAUGAGUCGUCUUCUGUUGUUGUCUUCAUCAAAAGAGGCAAGGUUAUUAGAGGUCGAAGUCAAGGACGGGUUCAUGGGAUUGUUCUAAGCCAAACACCUAAACGGAAGCAGACUCUGGAACGGAUCCGGGCCGGUUCCUGGGCGGUUCUAGGACGGAUCUGUUCCUGUGUCACCGGAGCUUCAGUUCCGUGCGUGGUAACUGCCUGCCUGCGUCCACCUCAGUGUUGUGCUGUGAUGAGUGCAACGCCAGCUCCUUGUUUACAUCAUAUACUUGAAACCUGAUAGUAUUAACGGUAUGUGUUGGAUUUGAUUUUAUUAUUAGGGGUAAAUAUCAUACCAAAAGGGCCCUUCAGCAGGUACCGUCACACCGGUGUGUUUAGAGUGUUGUAGAAUAAACGUUCUAAAGAAUCUCUGUGUCCAUGGAAUAUAGCGUGGAAUUUUAGAAUGUUCGAUUGUUAACAAACGCAUUCUUUUAUUCAAUUGUUCCAAAUGCUCUGCUGAAGGGUUAAAGAGGGAAGCAAUGCUUUGUGUUCUUUCUUUUCUUUCUGCUUUUUUAUCUCCCUCCCGUUGCCUUAGAACACCUCGCACCAAACGUGAUCCUCAGACUGUCCACACACACACACACACACACACACACGCGCACGACUUCCUCCUCUUCCUGACCUGUGUAGCCGAGUUUAAGAGCAGUGUUUGACGACGUAAUGAGAAAGAUAAAGGCAAAGAGUGCAUCAUGCGCCCCCCCCCCACCCUAUCCAGCUGUCUCAUCUGUGUUGUCUCAGGUGAAGAGGAAUAGAGAGCUAGAGAUCGAGAAAGAGAGAGAGCAAGAGAGAGACACAGAUAGAGAGAGAGGAAGAGAGAGAAACCCCCUUUAGCUCUAGUUUCCUGCAGUAGCUUUGAAGCAGCGCUUUGAUCUCACCUAGUCGUGUGCGCAGUGUGAUCAGAAGAUUUAGAAAAAAAUAUAUGUAUCCACAUCAAAACUAGAGAGAGAGGCUCGAACUUCAGGAGGGACUGACGUGAUUGAUAUGGAACUAAUGCAGGCAGCUGUUGGGGGGGGGGGGGGGGGGGGGGGGGGCUCUGCAGGACACAGCUGAUGGUCAUUGGCAAGUCACCUCGUACACCAGCUCAAGUCAACAACACACAGCCUUUUACAGUUAGACUUUAUAUUACACAGUCCUCCCUACACUCUCAUAGUACUGUUGAGUACAGUGGAACACAUAAUCAUCAGUGGGCAACUUGUGAGCGAAGCAGCCUGAUGCUUUUGACUUGCACACACCUAACUCAAACCCAACUCUCAGUUUUGUGCGACUACAAAGUAUCAGUGUGCUGUUGCUCAUCCUCCCUGUGUGCGUUAUGCUCCACUUAUAGUACAGUACAGUAUAGAUACCUCUGCCAUAACUGAAGGCCAUUAAUGUCAUUGGUUCCCCCUGGCAGCGGUGUUACCAGCUGGAAGGAUAAUCUUAAGGCUAUUUACACCAGGCUUGUUACAGUAACGGAGGACUUUGUCAUCAAUAUCAAUGCCCCUUUUUUGAGAUUUCACAGAGUAAAACACGUUUUUUUUAUUUUUAUUUUUAUUUAUUGUUGUAUUUUUUAGGUAUCCUUUCCCCAAAGGUUUUUUUUUCUAUUGCAGAAUUUACAUUUACUUACUCUGUUCAUGUUAGUAAUGAUCUUCCACAUUUGGUCACUUUUGAACCUGAACUUCAGCUUCCACAUGUGGCCGCGCUGGAACCCAAAGUGGAACCCUUUGUGGCUGUCAUACAAUGGUGAAAGGGGAGUCUUUGAAUCACAGGACAGUCUUAUGCUCGUAUACACAAUAUAUAUAUAUAUAUAUAUAUAUAUAUAUAUAUAUAUAUAUAUAUUGCCAUUCCACAGAGUCAGAAACCAGAGAGAUGGGCCUGAAUAUCACUACAGAAGAAAAUAAUAUCCUUCCACUCCGAAACACAGUACAUAAUAUAACAACCCUUCUUUGUAGACACUGGAGUUGUGUAUUAUUGUAAAUUAAAUAAUAAUGAUUAUUAUUAUGGCUGUCUGUUCUUGUUGUUUUAUAAAGGUGUUGUGAAAAUUGUAAGAAAGGUAAAAUAUUUAAAAAAAGGUUGGUCUUGUUUUUUUUUAUUUGCGUUUGUUAUGAUAAUAUAUUAUUGUGUACCUAUUGUAAAUAUGAAGCACACCUAUUUUGCAAGCCAAGGAUUCACUUUGUACCGUUGUUAUAUAUAAAUAAACUUUACUGGUUAAAAAAAAGGGA